AACGUUCAUACGGGUAAAAUCAGUGUCUCUGAAUUGAUGGGUCGUGGAGAUGAAGACUUGAAAAAACAAAAAGAACAGUCGUAUCCACAGCAGCAACAAGAACCGUUUGCGAAACAGUCACCUAUCUGCAGUGGUCAUCCGUCACCGAAUAUGGAAAGUGGACGAGAGGCAACCGGAGAUCAGGCAUCUGCUACGCACGAAACUCGUCCACCUCAGGGUAUAUCGGUUGAUCCAGCCACUUUGCUGGACAUGGCUGGUUGGAAAGUUCCGGCUCUGCCACCAGGACUCAUGUCAAUAACUCAUGAAGCCGAUCGUCGUCCGUAUGCAUCAGUUUUGCCACCAUCAAUAUUCGAAAAAGCAAUGAAAGCGGCCGCAGUUGUUCAUGCUGGUGUACAUUUACCACCGCUUACAGUCAACGGAAAUGGUAUCUUUACGUUUGUCAUUCAUUGA